AGAUGCGCUCUUUGAUUCCUGCCCUGCUCUGCUCCCUAUGCUCCAUCACCGCGACAACGGCGUUCAUGCAGCCAUCGCUGCGAACAUCGCUUCUACUCAGAAACGCAGCUCCCAUGAUGUGUGCCAAGAGCACGCCGUCUGCCGAGGUCGCGUCUGUUCCCUUCACGCAAGAGAUGAGGCAGAAGGCUAUGAGCCUUCAUACUUUCUCUCAGGCCCCGAGGGAGGGAAAGCAGAAGGAUGCUUCUGCAAACACGGUUGUGGAUCAGUGGGAGACAACAAAGGAGGACUACCUUCAAUUUCUUGUUGACAGCAAGGUGGUGUACGAGGCGUUUGAGAAAGAAGUCCAGCGGUCAGGACUGGAGAAGUUCAGAAACACAGGGCUGGAGCGAGUGAGGGGUCUGGAGAAAGACAUCGAAUGGAUUGAGAAGUCUUUCAACAUCAAACCGCUCAAGGCAACAGAUCAGUCAAAGGAAUACGCGCAAUACCUCUCGACUCUCAGCAUUCCUGUCUUCCUUACUCACUUCUACAAUUACUACUUUGCGCAUACUGCAGGCGGAAGGAUGAUCGGAAAGCAAGUUAUGGACUCGGUCUUUGAUGGGCAUCUUUUUGAAUUUUACAAGUGGGAUGGUGAUGUCAAGGAGAUUUUGACAAAGGUGAAGGGAUUUAUCGAUGAAACUGCAGAAGGAUGGACCCGUGAGAUGGUAAUCCUUUUCCUCCCUCUCCCUUUUUCUAGAUCGUUAAUCUGCUCCUUCCUCUUCUACUCUAUUCUACUCCUUUCUUCUCCUCCUCUCUUCUUCUCUCUUUUCCUCCUGCCUCCCAUCAGCUCUCUCCUUCCCUUGCUCUAUUCUUCUCUCCUUCUCAUCAUAUCCUGUGCCUCCCGUUUGCUUCCUCCUCCUCCUCCUCCUCCUCCUCCUCCACCACCACUAAUGAUUAUCAUGCUGCUCAGAGGAACUCCUCAGACUCAUUCUUAUGCCUCUUGUUUGUCGUAA